UUUGUUUUCAUUGCUCUUCUCAUCCUCCUCGUCUCGUAUUCGCAUUGAAAAUAAAUUCAUUUUAGUAAAUAAAGUAAAAUACUAGGCUAAACCAAGAUGAGGAGACGUGCUGGAGUUGGGGCUAUACAGAAACAAAAGCUAGAACUAGAAAAGUACAAAGAAAAAGGCACAGAGAUUCAAGAGAAUCAGUUCCAGCAAAUGUCGAAGCAGCUGGAGGUUUUCAGGGAAAACCUUGAGGAAUUUGCUGCAAAGCAUAAAAGUGAAAUAAAGAAAAAUGCCCAGUUUCGACGACAGUUUCAGGAAAUGUGUGCUGCUAUCGGAGUCGAUCCUUUAGCUUCAGGGAAAGGAUUUUGGUCUGUCCUAGGUAUCGGAGACUUCUACUAUGAGUUAGGAGUCCAAAUAGUAGAGGUCUGCAUGGCAACAAACUACAAGAAUGGUGGCCUGAUUACACUGGAGGAGCUGAGGACCAGGCUCAUAGCUUCCCGGGGUAAAGCUAAGAAACUGCAAGACAUCACUAAUGAAGAUCUGUUGGCUGCUGUCAAGAAGCUGAAGAUAUUUGGAAAUGGAUUCACAACAGUGUCAGUGGGCAAGGGCAAGUGGCUGGUGCAGUCGGUGCCGGGCGAGCUGAACCUCGACCAGACGCAGGUGCUGCAGGCGGCUAGUGCGCUCGGCACCGCCUCCGUGUCUGUUAGCAAGCUUGUUGAGGAUCUCAGCUGGACCGAGAGCCGAGCGCAGACAGCCCUCAAUCACAUGGUGCGCGAGGGGCUGGCGUGGGUGGACACCCAGGCGGGAGAAACCCUCUACUGGUUCCCGAGCAUGUUCUCCGGAUGUGUCUCCGCCGCUUAGUGGCGGGAGUAGACAGGUUAGACUGUGGGCGGAUGUUCAGGUGAUAAACUUACUGUUGUUGGGCGGAAUUUUGAACUUUUUUUGGUUGGGUGUAAAAAUGUGAUAAAUAUCUUAUCCUAGCGUCUAUAAAGGACCCGCGCUGCGAGGACAGGUCGUAGCCCUAAUGGUGACUUAUUUGAUCAUAGAGUAAUAAACUUUAUGGCUUUGAUAUGCCAUUUUUGGCAAGGGUUUCCCUUAGUUAGCCCUUGCGUAUAAUCAUGCUAUGAUCCUAUGUAUUAAAUUAGUCUGUAAAUAAAAUGAUGUUGAGAAUUUUAUAAUAUAAUUUAUUUAAUUAAACUAUAUUGCACUUA